AUGAUGAGGACCCUCAACAUCCAAGCAAGGAGCAGGACUCCUUCAGAACCAAACAGCCUGGCCUAUGACUGUGGUGUGCUCCAGGCCUACGCUCGUAGGCAGCAGCAGAGGGGGAGACAGCGAGCAGGCGACCCUGUCCCACAGAGGGGAACAGGGUCCAUGGUGAAGAGAAAGCCGCCCAUUGACAAGACAGAAUGGGAGGGCUUCUUCGAUGAGAACGGUCAGUUGGCCAAGUCACGAGACUUCAUUUGCGUUAACAUCCUGGAGAGGGGUCUGCACCCCUGCGUGAGGGCGGAAGCCUGGAAGUUCCUCACAGGCUACUACUCGUGGCAGAGUUCCCAGGAUGAGCGGCUCACGGUGGACAGCACAAGGAGGAAGAACUACGAGGUCUUAUGCCAGAUGUACGAGAAGAUUGAGCCUCUUUUGGAAAAUUUGCACCGGAACUUCAUAGAGACAAGGAAUAACAUUGUAUAUGACAUCCAGAAACUCUAUGACAAGGACCCCCUGGGCAAUGUCCUUAUUGACAAGAAGAGGCUGGAGAAGAUACUGCUUCUGAGUUAUGUCUGCAACACCCAGGCAGAGUACCAGCAGGGCUUCCACGAGAUGGUGAUGCUUUUCCAACUAAUGGUGGAACAUGACCACGAGACCUUCUGGCUUUUCCAGUUCUUCCUGCAGAAAAUGGAGCACAGCUGCGUCAUCAACAUCGGUGUGGGCAAGAACCUGGACAUGCUCAAUAACCUGAUCAAUUUCCUGGACCCCAUGUUUGCUGAGCACCUCAAAGGGAAGGGUGCAGGGGCUGUGCAGUCUCUCUUCCCUUGGUUCUGCCUCUGCUUCCAGCGUGCUUUCAAGUCCUUUGAUGAUGUCUGGAGGCUCUGGGAGGUUCUGCUGACAGGGAAGCCCUGCAGGAACUUCCAGGUGCUGGUGGCCUACAGCAUGCUGCAGAUGGUGCGUGAGCAGGUGCUGCAGGAAAGCAUGACCGGCGACGACAUCCUCCUGGCCUGCAACAACCUCAUUGACCUUGAUGCUGAUGAGCUAAUCUCUGCUGCCUGCAUAGUUUAUGCUGAGCUCAUCCAAAAGGAUGUUCCGCAGUCGCUAAAGGAUUUCUUUCUCUGAGGACACUCACAGCGAAUAGACGGCCUCCACGGACAGGCGGUGUGAGGUCGGGAUCAAGUCCACUGGGCAUCCUGGGAGGGCGCGGGCAAUACAACUGCAGGAGAAACGGC